CAAGCACGACAUGGAUCCUGUUCAGCUGUAUCAUUUAGAAACAUGAGUGCAUGCCAUAUACCACCCCACAACACAUGUUUUAAUCACGCGCGCUCCGCAGACAAGUAUCAAAAUUCCACCAAAAAUUUUUCCAAAGUCUUUACCUACUAUUCGCUGUGAUUCUGCCAACUUCCUAGCUCACCAAGAGAUGCCCAUUUCUUCCCAGCAUGACACGUAAUCAAUAAACUUCACCAAGCACACCCGUCUUACUCUAUAAGUAGGUCUCAGCACAACUGCUCACCAAUGAUGCUCUUCUAGCUGUAAACGAACACAUCAUCAUAACAAAGUUUGCCAAGCUACAGUUGACUCCUCGUCAAAACAAUUUUUUUUUUCUUUCCUUUUCAAGUUUUGGAUAACGGUUGAGGGCAAUCACUUUAUAACCCUCCCUCAAACUUGGGGGCAAUUGUUAUGCCCAAGACACCUAGUCAACGAUCAACCAAGUCAAAGCUUGAUCAACAAUUAUAUCAUUGGGUCACCCAGGUUUGGAUAUCAAAUGAAUCAGAAUUUCUUCCGGUGUCAGCACUGUCUAUGACUUUUGGGACAGCAAGAAUUAGUAGGAAAGCUGGAAACCAAACGGAGUGGAGUGUAAACAAUGCCUUUAAGACUUACAAAGUAGAUAUAGUACCCAAAACCAUGAUGGAUAUGGCACUCAUUCCAAAUGUUGAUCCAAUAAAUAUUGGACUGGGUUCUUCAGAAAAAGGAAAUGUUGUCCCUGCGGCAAAACCCAGGAAGAAGACAAUGACAUCAGUUUACCACGUGUAUUUUGAGACAGCUCCUGAUGGGAAAACUAGGAGGUGCAAGUUUUGUGGGCAGAACUAUUCUAUUGCAACUGCAACAGGCAGUUUAGGAAGACACUUUAGUAAUCGGCAUCCUGGUUAUGAUAAGUCAGGGGAGGCUGUCACUAGUUCAGCACCACAGCCCACCGCCACUGUGAUCAAGAGACCUCAACCACAAGGAAAAGCACCUCAGGUUGAUUAUGAUCAUCUGAACUGGUUGCUUAUUAAAUGGCUUAUUUUAGCUACUCUUCCUCCUUCAACCUUAGAGGAAAAGUGGUUAGCAAACUCCUUUAAAUUUUUGAAUCCAUCAAUACAACUAUGGCCAGGUGAGAAGUACAAAGCAAUAUUUCGUGAAGUUUUCAAGAGUAUGAAAGAAGAUGUGAGAGUUUCUUUGGAACAGGUUUCUUCCAAGGUCUCAGUCACUCUUGGUUUCUGGACUUCCUAUGAACAAAUGUUUUAUAUGAGCAUCACAUGUCAAUGGAUUGACGAAAACUGGUCCUUCCAAAAGGUGUUUCUUGAUAUAUGCCGGGUCAAUUACCCUUGUACAAGUUCUGAAAUAUAUAACUCCAUGGUAAAGGUUCUUAAGAUGUACAAUGUAGACUAUAAGAUGUACAAUGUAGAAUAUAAAGUCCUCUCAUGCACCCAUGAUAUCGGUCAGAAUGCUGUACAUGCUUGCCAUACUUUAAAGGAGGACUUGGGCGGUCAGAAAGUGGGGCCCUUCUGUUAUAUCCCUUGUGCUGCUUGUACUUUGAGUUUGAUUAUAGAUGAUGCAUUAAGAACAGCAAAACCUGUUAUAGCCAAGGUCAGGGAAUUUGUACAAGAGUUAAAUACAUCCUUAGAUAUCUCAGAGGGUUUCAUUCAAUUAACAACAGCUUACUAAGAAGGCAGAUGGCAAUUUCCGAUUGAUGCUUCAGCAAGGCUGGGAAGUCAAUGGAUGCUGUCGUCAGGAAGAAUGAGGAGAUGCUGGGUAGUAGAAUGCUGCUAAAUGCUGCAGAGAAGAAUGUUGUC